CCGGCCUUCUGAGUUGUCUUGGACCCUCUCUCUCUCUCUCUCGGCUACUCUUCGUCCUUCUUUUUCUUCCUCUCAUUCGCGGCUCUAUUUAUCUUCACUUGGUCGUUCCUGCCGUCUUGAGUUCAUUGGACUUCUCGUUCAAGAUAUACAUAAACUUAUUUAUUCUCGGUCUGUUCCGGCCUCCAUCCCCGCAUUCCUUUAUCAAAAAAAAAGUCUGUUCUCGCAGAGAUCAGCCGACAUCUUCCGACCGAAUCCGAAGCAGUGCUCCGAGUAGAGGGGAGGGGGAUUAGAUGGCCAAUCGCAACAAGAGCUCGAUGCGGAGGAGGACGCUUCUAAGCGUGCUAAUCCUGAUGACGACGACGACGAUGAGUAUGAUUGAAGAAGGCGAAGAGAGGGUGCCCCACAACCGGACCUACACGCUGCAGAAACGCGGGGGAGGAUUGAAUGUGAUGGGCGCCUUGGGAGCCGGGACCGGGUUCAGUGGGGGCGGCUCAAAGAGUCUCAAGGAUCCCUGCGGAUACAUCGAGUUGACUCCCGACAAUUGGCAGGACUUGGGCAUCGAUGAGUAUCUUGCUAAUUACCCUAACGGCGAUAAACUCACCCUUCAGGAAUUCGCGGCUGAAUUGAACGUGCCUAACUUUUAUUGCGGAGUGGGAAUGCAAUGUUCAGCUGGCCAGCUGUGCAGUCCAGCGGUAGGGAUCAACUGGAUAAUCUUGUAUGCGAUCCAAGAAUGGAGUAACUUUAUGAACAGUCUUUAUAAAGCGGUGGAGCAUGCAGUCACUUUAGUCAAGGAUGCAGCGUCAUCCAUCGUUUCUGAUUUUACGAGCCUGAUCCCGCCGAAUGACCAGCUUUACGGCUGGACGGUUGCCGACAUAGUGUGUGGGGUGUUAGGGAGUAUCUCAGCGAUCGCGGUGCCGGCGUUUAUCCCAGCGGAUUCGCUGCAAGUAGCGAUGGCCGACCUGGCCGUUGCGCCGGCAUUUCUGGCCACGCCGGAGCUGGGGAUCGGCCGGGACAAGGAUUCGCCGCGGGAGGGACAGAAGGCCUAUGAUGCCGCCGGGGCGGCCUUGGAUGCCCGCAAUUACAAGGCCUUCGAGAAGAUCCAGACCGAGAAAGAUGAGCAGGUCAUCCAGGACUUCUUCCAUCCCCCCUCCUCCUUGUUGCUCACCAAUGGUCCACCUAAAGCUCCCUCUGACCCGGCCUCAAAGGAACCCAUCUUUCAUCUCCAAAUGCCCGAGAGUCCAAGAGAUAAUAGUCAUCCUGAUUCUCCUUUCGUCGAGAGCCCUCCUCCUAGUCCAAACGCUCAACCCGGCUCCUCUCCCUUCGCCCCUAAUCCUCCUCAAAGUCCUCGCUAUCCUGGUCCGGCUGGCGCAGAUUCAACUCCUCCUCAAAAUCCUAAGAAUGACCAGCAAAACCCGCAGACUCAUCAGAGACAACGUCGGUCACUUAUCAAACAUAAGGAGGGCCAUUCUAGUUCAUACGCUUAUACGCGAUAUGCAUACCUAGAAUCGCGGCUAAGCUCGAUCCAAAACCGGAUCCAAAGCUACAUUGCGGUGAACUUCAAGAUGGCGACGAUGGCGCCGAUCUUGGCCAAGGGCGGGCUGGCGGAGAUCCUCCAGGGCGGCGCCUAUCUCAACCCUAAUCCCAACGAGAACGAGCUCCAGGAAGGCGGGAAGGCGUUGGCGCAGAUCACCGCUCUUGCUCAGUUGUUCCAAAGUCUCAAAAUCUUCGUCGCUAUAGGAAGUGCUGAAUGCAAGGCGGGAGGCCCAAAUGGGGCCUGGAACAAGAAAGAUGAGCUCUCCUAUUGCACGCCGGAUGGCCUGAUGAUGAACAUCGUCCAAUCAUCGCAGACCGGAUUGGUGAUCGCCAUGCCUAAUGCCCAUUUGCUGAACGAGAAAUACGGCUAUACCACCGAAUUCUUGGCCCGGUCGGCUUGGGAAUGUCAAAAGAAAUACGGCGUUUACACUAAUUCAACGGCGCCUCCUCCGGUCAACAUGCGUUCGGAUUGUAUCUUCCCGCUGGCCGUGUGUGAUUGCACUUUACCUGAUGUGUCGAAGGUCUUCAAGGGAAAGAAUAAGAACCUUAUCAAAGCCUGUCGGGAGGUCGCCAACUUACCCAUUUAAUUCUUUUAUCGGCUAUCGGAUAUCACAAAUCCUCUCUCUCUCUCUUUUGUCUUUCUUUCUCACUCUCAAUUUGUUUUUUUUUGUUCUUCUUUCUUUCUUUUUAUUUGAAUAGAUGUGUUUUAUCUUCAUUUUUUUUGUCGAGUUUUUUUUUUUUUUUAAAGUUACGAAAUGAAUGGCUAAAUAACACACCGAGAA